UUUUCUUCGAACUCCAGUUUUGUUCUCAGGCUGCUUCUGUGUUAGCAAACUGCCUCGAUGAGCCAGGUUUUGAACACUAGAAUCCCGUGCAUGUCGUCUUUGGGAUGUUUGCUAAUUCCCCUUUGAUCAACGCGGUCUCAGUUUUGUCAUGUGUAGUGAAUUGAGCAAAAGACCAGCUCGCAGGGCACUGCAAAUCCCGUUCAAAACCGUGCAGCACUGGCCCAAGAAGUCUAUAGUAGCCUAGGCCGGCGGGUUGCCGUCGCCGUUGUGUUGGCGCCUGAGUUGGUCCAUUCUGCCGAUCACCUGGAACGAUGACUGCUCCCUAUGAACGUUGCUCUGCCAGUCGCACCACAUCGUCAAUUGUUCACUUGGUGGUCAGUAUCCUGUUCCUGCUGAGUGCCCUGCCCAAGCACGAAGCCACCGCAAAUGUUAAUGAGUGCGCUGGAGCUAACGAAUGCCACGCAAACUCUACGUGUGCGGACACUGAUGUGAGCUACCAGUGUACCUGCCUGGGCGGUUACAGCGGUGAUGGGCGUAGCUGUAUAAAUGUGGACGAAUGUCAGACUGGGACACACAACUGCUCUGCCAAUGCCACCUGUACGGACACCACAGGAUCGUACGUGUGUCAGUGCAGAGCUGGGUUCACGGGCAAGAACGGGACCGUGUGCGAAAACAUUAAUGAAUGUAAGGGUAACGUAUGCGCCAAAAAUGCGUCUUGCGCCGAUCUUGAUGGAUCUUUUAAUUGCAGCUGCAAUGCAGGUUUUAUGGGAGAUGGCCAACAAGAAUGCUCCCCUAUCGACGAGUGCCAAACCGGCAGUCAUCUUUGUCACGGAAAGGCCGUCUGUACAAAGACGCCCGGCUCGUAUUCCUGUGCAUGCGGUGUAGGUUACACCGGUAGUGGUCGUACUUGCACCGAUAUUAAUGAAUGCCUGAACAGUACCCAGCCGUACAAUAAUUGCAGCAGUCAUGCUGUGUGCAAGAACCUUGCCGGCGGCCACACGUGUACGUGCAAGACUGGCUUCACUGGCAAUGGAACUACUUGCAUCAAUAUGCUUACAAUUUGUCCUCGAUUCACGUUACCUAACCUUGCCAAUGAAACGGCAUAUAACGAAACCUACAAGCCAGGGCAGCGCCUCAAAAUCCUCUGCCAAACUGGCUUUGAGCUGACAAGGGGUACCAGCAACACGGAUAUCUACAUCUGCUUUACCAGGAGAGGCAGAAAUGAAUGGCGAGGUGAUGCAACCUGCACCCAAUGCAGUUGGAGAAACUGGUUCCACUAA